GCGCGGGGGGCGGGCAGCGAUGGCGGCCGCCCUGCGGCUCUCGUCCUCGCCGGGCUCCCCCGCCGUGAGCGAGCUGUGCCAGAACAGGCGGGAGAUCUUCCUGGAGGCCUCGCGGCUGCUCCUCACUUACGCUGACAACAUCCUCCGGAAUCCCUAUGAGGAAAAAUACAGAUUAAUUCGGAUUGGAAAUCCAGCAUUUUCUACAAGGUUGUUGCCUGUCAGAGGAGCUGUUGAAUGUUUAUUUGAGAUGGGGUUUCAAGAGGGAGAAACUCACCUGGUUUUCCCUAAGGAAGCUUCAAUUGAGCAGCUACGUAAAAUCAGAGACUUAAUUGCUGGAGAGAGGAGUAGCAGACUGAAUGAGUCAAACCAAAUGCACAGAUCAGGAUCCUCUGAAGCUGUCAGCAGCACUCAGACAGCUGCACAGCGCCCUUCAGGACCUGUUGCCCCUGCCCAUCAGCGACCAGAAACAUCACUUGUGCAAUCUCUUGAAAUGGCUGCAAAAAUCUUGAAAACACUUCAGACAAAAUUUGAGGGUCUUGUGUUGAUGUAUGAGAAUCCUUCUAUUCAGCAAAAAGCACUGGCUGCAAUUCCCCUCCAGGAAUUGAAAAGCAAAGCUCAGAAAAAGCUAGCACAAGCUACAAGACUGGAUAAAGGUGCACAUGUGAGUGAAGAGGACUUCUUAUUGUUGGAGCUUUUGGACUGGUUUAAGACUUCCUUUUUUCAUUGGGUAAAUAGUCUUCCUUGCAGCAGGUGUGGUGGGCAGACAGAGCCUAAAAGUGGCUACCUGCUGCCUACUGAUGAUGAUCUAAGGUGGGAUGCCAGACGAGUGGAAAACCAUUACUGCAACCAAUGUCAGCUCUGUAACAGAUUCCCAAGGUAUAACAACCCUGAAAAACUUCUGGAAACCAGACGUGGACGCUGUGGCGAGUGGGCCAACUGUUUUACACUGUGCUGCAGAGCUGUGGGAUUUGAGGCAAGAUACGUCUGGGACCAUACAGAUCAUGUGUGGACUGAAGUAUAUUCUUCAUCUCAGAAAAGAUGGCUUCACUGUGAUCCUUGUGAAAAUGUGUGUGAUAAGCCUCUUCUCUAUGAAGCUGGCUGGGGAAAGAAGCUCUCCUACAUAAUUGCAUUCUCCAAAGAUGAGGUGGUUGAUGUCACCUGGAGAUACAGCAGUAAACAUGAAGAAGUACUCUCUAGAAGGACGGUGCUCAGCGAAGCUACGCUGCGAGAGACAAUUAAUGCACUAAAUAAAACGAGACAAAAGUCUUUGUCAGAAAAUAGAAAAAGAGAGCUCCUGGAAAGAACUAUUGUGGAGCUUGUUGAGUUUAUUUCUCCUAGAACACCUAAACCUGGAGAAUUUGGUGGAAGGACAUCAGGCUCAAUGGCUUGGCGAGUAGCCAGAGGUGAAAUUGGUUCAGAGAAAAGAAAAGAAGUAGUUUUUAUUCCCUCUGAAAAGGAGAAGACAUCUAAACUGUUCCAUCUCGUCUACAAUGUAAUAGAAGAUAGUUAUACACGGAUUUCCAAUAACAAUGAAAAAAUAAGUGGCUGGGAAGCAGGUGUUUGGAAGGCAGAAUCUAUUUGGAGAAAGGUUGAAACAGAUUGGAAAAUGGUUUAUUUAGCCCGAAAAGAAGGAUCAUCCUCUGCUUCCAUCAGCUGGAAGUUUGAGUGCAAGUCAGUCGGUCUAAAAAUAGAUAACAUUUCAGUUAGGACAAGCAGUCAGACAUUUCAUAGUGGAAGAAUACAGUGGAGACUUCGCUCUCCUACAGCAGAAAUUGCUCUGAUAGGAGAUAAAAAUCUUUGCUCCUAUUCAGAUUUUUCUGGAGCAACAGAAGUUAUGUUGGAAGCAGUUCUGAAUGGAGGGGAUGGUGAAGCUGCGUGGCAACACACACAGCUGUUUAGAGAGAGCUUAACAGGAUGUGGGGAAAAUUGCUUGGAAAUAAUUAUAAAACUCAGUGACCUCUGAGAAUCUGAACUGCAGAAGUGUACUUUGGAUUCCUUGAAGAAAUUAUACCAUGGAUACAACAUGAAGAUUGGUUGGCAAUUCCUCUUCAUUCUGCUGGCAGAUUAUUUCCUGUUUCACUGCUUCCAUUAAACCAACUUGAAACUGCACGUGUAUUGAAUAGGUAAACAUCACAAUGAAAACCUCUCUGCUAUAAAAACAAAGACAAAAAUUAAGGGAUUGAACCAUAAAGUACCCUUUUCUUAAACUUUACAAUGACAAGGAAACAAUUUUUAGAAAGCAAAACAUGAUCAUAGA